UAUCGGAUUAACCUAGACCCUUGUUCCAUCUCCACAUUUAAGAGCACAUUUUGUAAACAACACUUUUCUUAACAAAAUCUAUUCAAAUCUGUAAACAUGCACAAACGCAAAACUGCUAAAACGAUAAAUAAACCACCACCGAUCCAGGGGGCUGUUAAAAAGACCACACCAGUAGCAGAUCCUCCAAUCGACCAGAACAUGGUAACCCAGUUCGAAGUGGAGCUCUGCUGGUGUGUCCAGCAAUUGCAGAAUUCACUCGCCAGCGGAAAACUUAGCCAAAAAGUGGCUGAAGAUACCUCCAAAAAUAUAAAGGUCCUAACCAGUUCCACAGCACCGCUCAUUAAGAAGCGCCAGGUGAUGAAACUUUCCUUGGGCGACUACCGAUUGAAAAUGCAACAGGAGGAGCAGAAAAUGCAGUUGGCCCCCAAGCAAGUCAAAUUUAUUGGCGCAAGCAUCCCUACCAAAAAGUCCAGUUUUGUGAAAAAGUCUGCUGUUUUAACAUCUGGAAAGGAUUUUCGCUUCAAUUUUUCCGUUCCCGCCGAUGAUUCUAAUGCAAAGGAGCCCCAGCCGGCUCCAAAAUUGCAAGCCAUUUUCCAACAGAGUUCGUCCGGAAGCCCCUUCAAGUUUAACUUUUCUAUCGAUGAGGAUUCCGCCAAUGAUAUUAGCUUUAACGGCUUGAAUUUAAAUAACUAAUUAUUAUUUCAGUUUCGAUGGGCGAAAUGACUGAUUGAUGUCAGUUGAGCUGUUUUCUACUUCCUAUACAAAUAAAUGAUUUAUUUUAAAAAUUUAA